CCAGACUUAGAAAUCACUUGAUUUAGCUCAGUAGCACUUUUUUUCUCCUUUGUGUAUGUGUUACUCUGCAGUCAUCUCUAAAUACUCAGGACAUUAGAUUCACAUCGGCAGAAGGAGUCAAUAAUUGCGAGACAGAUUUAUAAUCUGUUAGAAAAAAGGUUACUUUGCAAGAUUUUACAAUGUAAGGGGGGAAGUUCCAAUGUGCUUUGAAAUGAAAGAAGAAUUAAUUGUGCUUUUAUCCAAAUGAAUUGGCAUCUUUAUGUGUAGGAGAAGCUACGAGUUGGUAAAUAUUUAUUUCAAGAAUCAUGACUACGAAGCACUUGGAAAUGCAUUAGAGAAGUAAAUGCUUUUCCAGGCAAGGACAGGAUCUGCUUGUACCUCUGUAGUUGUGGGUAACGUGUGAACACCGUUCUUGGUGACGGGCCAAGGGAAGGGAUACCCUACUGUCCUGGAGCCACAGCCAUACAGCCAGUACCAUGUCUACCAUACAAAGAAAAGGCAGCAGCCACCUAGUCAACAGUUUGCACACCUGUAGACUGAAGCUUCCAGAGGAACAGCAGCAUCAAGAAAAAUCUAUCAUUGCUCAACCAAUAUUUGUUUUUGAAAAGAGAGAACAAACUUUUAAGAGGCCUGCAGAAGACAUCCUGUAUGAAGCAGCAGAACGUGAAUGCAAUGAGUUUUCAAGAAAGCGUUUCCGGGCUUCAUCUUUUACUUGGCAUACUACGGAUUCUCAGAACCAAGGAGUGAAGAAAAACAAUGUUUUUAUGACAUCAAACUCUGUGCAAAGGAAUGCUGAUCUGAACAGUGCAGAACAAGGUCCUGUGAAACAUUCUGAGCUUGUUCUAAGACCUGCUAUUUUGCAGCCACCUCAAGCUCAAGGGUACAUAAAAGUGAGAAAGUCAUUUGGACACAAUGUGUUGGAAUCCUGUAAGGCUAAAGAAAAAAACAAAAGUAAGAUUUAUGAGGGGAACUCCUGUUUGCUAAGUGAAAACUUACCAAGUGCCAGAAUUUCAAUCCAGCUGUCUACUAACCAGAAUGCUUUAGGUACUACAUCACUACAAUGUCAACCAAAUGAAGAUAAAUAUUCUAUGAAAAGCUGCAGUUCUGAUUUUGUUUUUGGAGAAAACAUGGUAGAAAGAGUCUUGGGUACUCAAAAACUCACUCAGCCUCAACUCGAAAGUGAUUCAUACAUCAAGGAAAAACCAUUCAAAUUCACUCUAAAAAUUCCUAUCAACUCUCCAAACUCAAGAACAGACACUAUUGAAAAUAUAUCCCUAAUUGAAUCAGCUACUGCUUUCUCUUUUAAACCAUCACCAAAAUGUUUGCUGGAGAAAAUUGAUGUUAUAACUGGGGAGGAGGCAGAACACAAUGUGUUAGAGAUCAACUGCAAGCUUUUUAUAUUCAACAAAACAACACAGUCCUGGACUGAAAGGGGCAGAGGAGCUUUGAGACUGAAUGACACAGCAAGCAGUAAUUGCGGAACGUUCCAGUCAAGAUUAAUUAUGCGCAAUCAAGGCAGCCUGAGGCUGAUUCUCAACAGCAAACUCUGGGCUCAGAUGCAGAUUCAAAGAGCAAAUCACAAAAAUUUACAAAUAACAGCUACCGAUUUAGAAGACUAUAACGUCAAAGUGUUUUUAAUUCAGGCCAGUGCCAAAGACACAGGACGUAUGCAUGCAGCCAUCCAUCACCGUCUUGUUGCACUUCGAAGCUUCGACAAGCAGACAGAUGCAAAUCAAACUGAAAGCCUGUCAGAGACAGUUCUCCAACAGUUUAACUAUGAUAGCUGUGAUGAGGAUGAAGAGGAUCUCAUCCAAGCUACUAAAACUAGAUCAGGUAGAUUCUUUACCAGCUGAGCUACCAGGGAAGCCCAUCUUACAGGAAAUCAGUCCUGAAUAUUCAUUGGAAGGACUGAUGCGGAAGUUAAAGCUCCAAAACUUUGGCCACCUGAUGCAAAGAACUGACACAUUGGAAAAGACCCUGAUGCUGGGAAAGACUGAAGGCAGGAGAAGGGGAUGACAGAGGAUGAGAUGGUUGGAUGGCAUCACUAACUCGAUGGACAUGAGUUUGAGCAGGAUUCGGGAGUUGGUGAUGGACAGAGCCUGGCAUGUUGUAGUAGUCAUGGGGUUGCAAAGAGUUGGACAUGACUGAAUGCCUGAACUGAUAAAUUAAAAAUGUUAACUUGUAAUUAAGAUUAAGUGGCAAAAUUAUUUCAUCAACAAAUGUCAUGUUUAUGAAUAGAUCCUAUAUUCUACCAUAUUUCAUUUCAGGAAAGGGGUGAUAUGUGACUAUCUUCAAACAAAAUGAGAAACAAUGGGAAUAAGGGAAAGUAAAUGUCAAUCAUAUGAACCUAUCUUUUCUUGCUAACUUUUCACUUAGCACUUUCUCCAGUAAGUGUUGUACAUAAAUGCUAAAUGUAAUGAAAGCAAUAAAAUG